UUAGAUAGUUUAUUAUUAUGAACAAUCAAAUGCCGACUGCAUUAUUGUUAUAAAUGUUCUAAUUGUGAAAGUUUUCUUUUGAUUCUCGUAAUGAAAGGCGAAUAUUUCCCGCUCUAUUACGUCGGCUGUUUGUAUUUCCCGCCAUUGCUUUGAGCGUCGUUUGACAAGAGCCACCGCACGAGGCGUGUCGGCCACAUGUAAAAUGGGAGUACCUACRCGCGGCAUGAAUCAAACAAGCGGUAUCAAUUUGUUGGAAUUAAUUGUGGGUAUAAAUACGGCGUUACCAAGCUACUGGUUGUCAUUCUUACUUGAGCUGUCUUACAAGUAACAACAAGUAGAACCAUGACUGCAUUUUCGCCAGUUAGACCAAGAAUGUCUUUUCUCAUCGAUGAUCUUCUACGAGACACGCAUGAUGCUGACAAGAAAGCCGCUGAUACUCCAGCUGAAGUCACCACAGGGUUCCCGAGAUACUGCUUUCCUCCCGUUAGCAGCUCCAGUGAUGAAGAUUCUUCAGACGGAAAAGAAACUGAACAGGCUCCCGGAGAACUUCGUACCAAAGUCAUGCAGAAAAAGAACCGUCCAUCGUUCGCACCAUACCAAGUGGCUCGUCUCAAGCGAGUCUUCACUCACCGAAACUACCUGACCAAACAAGAACGAAAACAACUCGCUGUCGAACUGAACAUGAAAGACGAACAAGUCAAGACCUGGUUUCAAAACAAGAGAACAAAGCUGAAAAAAAAGAUGGCACAUGACGACGAACAAUACGCCCAGCUGCUUUACCUAAACGACCUGAUCAGCGGUGCAUCGCCUCAGAAUCACCAUACCAACCAAUCGCCAGUGCCACCACAUGGUUACCAUGCCUACCAAUCUAUGCAACCAAGUCUGGACCAAUCACAAAUGAUAUCACGUGACUACAUAAAUAAUCCUUCUGUACCAUGUAGAUUUCCUUAUAUACCAAAGUACUAAAACUUCAUUAGUAUUAGGAUAUUAUUAAC